CAAAUAGAGACAAAAAUAUUUGGCCUGGAAGAGUUUACAUUAUAGCAGAAAGAGACAAAGAAAUAAAUUAUACAGUAUAUUAGAAGGUCACUGGUCUGAACUUGACCCUUCACCAUGGUCCUGGCCGAGGACCCCCAGAAGGCAUUGCUCUGGGCCCUGAGUGACCUGGAGGAAGAUGAUUUCAAGACAUUAAAGUUCCACAUACGGGGUAUGGCCCUGCCUGAAGGCCAGCCCCACCUGGGCAGAGGGGAGCUGGAGGGUCUGAGUCGGGUGGACCUGGCAGAUAAGCUGAUUUUAACUUAUGGAGCACAGGAGGCUGUGAGAGUGGUGCUCAAGGUCUUGAAGGUCAUGAAUCUGUUGGAACUCGUGGAUCAGCUCAGCCUCAUUUGUCUGAAUGAUUACAGAGAAACAUACCGAGAGUACGUGCGCUCCCUCGAGGGGAGAGAAGGGGGAGUGGGCAGCAGCUACAUUCAGCUGCUCCUAGUGGCCAAGCCCAGCUCAGAGAGCCCAGAAUCAUCUGCCUGCACCGUCCCUGAGCAGGAGCUGGACUCUGUCGUGGUGAAAGAUCUAUUUGGUUCAGUGGAAAAGCCAGACUCGGGCCCAUCAUCAGUGGUGCUACAGGGCUCGGCUGGCACUGGGAAGACAACCCUGGCCAAGAAAAUGGUGCUGGACUGGGCCACGGGUACCCUGUACCGAGACCGGUUUGAUUAUGUGUUUUAUGUGAGCUGCAAAGAAGUGGUCCUGCUGCCCAAGGGCCAAAUGGAGCAGCUCCUCUUCUGGUGUUGUGGGGACAGUCAAGCCCCUGUCACAGAGAUUCUGAGGCAGCCAGAGCGGCUCCUGUUCAUCCUGGAUGGCUUUGAUGAACUGCAGAGGCCCUUUGAAGAACAGUUGAGGAGGAUGAGCCUGAAUCCCAAAGAGGACCUGCUGCGCCGUCUAAUUGGGAGAAGGAUACUUCCCACGUGCUCCCUGCUCAUCACCACCCGGCCCCAGGCUUUGCAUAAUCUUAAGCCCUUGCUGAAGGAAGCGUGCCAUGUCCAUACCCUAGGCUUCUCUGAGGAGGAGAGGAGGAGCUAUUUCAGGUCCUAUUUCAAGGAUGAGGAGCAGGCCAGGAAAGCCUUUGAAGUUGUAGAAGGAAAUGCCGUUCUCUACAAAGCGUGUCAGGUUCCAGGCAUUUGCUGGGUGGUCAGCUCCUGGCUGAAGAGGCAGAUGGAGAGAGGCCAGGCAGUCUCGGAGACUCCCAGAAACAGCACUGACAUCUUCAUGGCCUAUGUGUCCACCUUCUUGCCGUCUGAUGACAAUGAGGGCUGCUGUGAGCCCUCCCGGCACAGGGUCCUGAGGAGUCUGUGCUCCUUGGCCACUGAGGGGAUCCAGCACCAGAGGUUCCUGUUUGAAGAAGCUGAGCUCCGGAAACACAAUUUAGAUGGCCCAAGCCUGGCUGCUUUUCUGAGCAGCAACGAUUACCAAGAGGGACUUGACAUCAAGAAGUUCUACAGCUUCCGCCACAUCAGCUUCCAGGAAUUUUUUCAUGCCAUGUCCUACCUGGUGGCAGAGGACCAGAGCCGGCUGGGGGAAGCGUCCCGCAGAGAAGUGGAAAGGCUGCUGCAGGAGAAGGACCCAGAAGGGAACCAGGAGAUGACCCUCAGUGUGCAGUUUCUGUUGGAUAUAUCGAAGAAAGAGAGCUUCUCCAACUUGGAGCUAAAGUUCCACCUCAAAAUUUCUCCCUGUAUAAUGCAGGAUCUGAAGCACAUUAAAGAACAGGUGGAAUCUCUGAAGUUGAACAGAACCUGGGAUUUGGAACUCUCGCUGCACGAGUCUAAAAUAAAGAGUCUGGUAAACAGUAUUCAGAUGAGUGACGUGUCGUUCAAGGUAGAACACUCAAAUGAGAGGAAGUCCCAUAGCAGCAAGUCAUUUUCUGUGAAAACCAGCUUGAAUAAUGGACAGAAAGAAGAGCCAAAAUGUCUUCCUGUGGGAGCACAGAAGGAGGUUUCUCAUGGAAAAGGCGGUGGGGCAGAGGAACCAGACAAGGACGCUGGGGGCAGAGAAAUGGGGACAAUAGCACUGGAGGGUCAGAAGAAUGGGGGGAUGGAGGGACAGGAGGAUGGGGAAAGACCCACAGCAAGUAAAACAGAUUGGAGAGCUGAGAGAUCAGAGUAAGGGGUACUAGAAGGAGUGAAGGGACACCUAGAAAAGAGAAUUAGAUGACAGAGGAUCAGAAGACUUGAACACAGGACCUGGGCAAAGGCCAUGUGGGAUGAGUCUUUAGGAAUAUCCCUAUUUACCACCUGAAAGGUGGUCUGACUUAUAUAACCCAUCUAACAGAGGAAAAUAAACUAUCAGGAAGUAAGAGAAAUAAAAUCAUAACUACCCUUUGUUUAAUUAAAACACGUAUGGCCUACCUUGUUAUCUGUGAGUUGUUUCUCAGCCUUGAGAAAGUUCCUGAGCAGAUGGUAGGAGUGUGAACUUCCCCUUCUUCCUCAGGAAGAGACAGUUUCAGAUGCCUACCCCUAUCGAGAAGAAGGAAGAGACUAUUAAUAAUUUCUGCCAUCAGUUUGCUAUGUGAGAAACAGGAAGAGCCAACACACCAGCUUCACAGCUGCUUUUGUUAUCAGUUACCUGAAACAGAGAGGAAAAAAGGGCUUUUCUACCCUUUAAAAGCACUGAGCAACUUUCCUCGCUGCCCGACACUUCUUUCCUCCCUCUGUGUGUUGUGGUCAC